CGGAAUUACUGCAAUGCUUCGCCAUUGGUGCCCUGAGCAGCUGAAUGCAAAACCAUUAGUUAAAUGGAAGGACCUCCUUUCCGGACAAUGGAAAGGUCCCGACCCAUUGUUAACCAGUGGUCGAGGAUAUGCUUGCAUUUUUCCACAGGACGCAGAUUCUCCAAUUUGGGUUCCAGACAGAUUGAUUCGCCAUGUCUCAGCCCCUCGGAUACCGGAUUCCCCAGCUGCCGCGACCCCGAAAAAGGAAGGGACCUCCUCUGCCUUCACUCCCCCCGCCAGCACGGGAAACGCCGCCGGCGUCGGGACAACUGACAUCGGAGAUCCCGGAUGAGCAAGGAACGGAUCCACCCACCAAGCAGAUGUCUCAACUUCAUAUACAGGAUAUUGCUCCUCCCGAUCCUUUGCCUCACAAAAGGGUGUCAGGCCGCCUGACUCAGGCGACCCGGAAUGCCUCCAUACCUACUUGGGGACAAAUAAAAACACUCUGCCACCAGGCACGGGGAAUAGCUUCCUUACAGGGAUCUCCAGCUUCUCCUGAGAAACUGUUUAUUGCCAUGCUUGCUUUGCUUUCCUGUCAGGUAAGCGCCUCCCCUAUUCCAACCAAAUAUUGGGCGUAUCUCCCAGAUCCUCCAACUUUCCAAGUUGUUACUUGGGAUAAUGAGCCUAUACGGGUCAACACAGACCAACCCCAGCUCUUGGGAGGAUCCUAUACUUCUUACACUAGAGAUAAAUAUCCUAUUAACUUCAACUAUACCUUCAGGGGAUUAACAGGUGAUUUCCCUGUUUGCUUUAACUUCCCCAAUGACCUUAGAAGCUUUAUUACCCCCACCAAAGAAGGAUGUGUUGGGGCCUCUAAAAAAAUAAUUAUAACAGAUUCCUGGUCUUUACGUCAUUGAUCAGCUUGGGUAUUAUUGGCUCGUAUGCCCGGGAUUCUUGACCCCUAUGUAACCCUGCAUUCCAAAUCUCCACCAAAAUAUCCGAAUUGUUAUAAGGUUGCUCCUUCAGAGAAAGUAUGGAACACCAUAGACAGUCGUACAGGGUAUCCGACUUGGACAUCUUGUACUUAUGAUUCAAGGAUUGAUUAUAGGAUACCAGGAGGUGGGGAUUAUACUAUUCAGGACUGGAGCAACCCGAAUCCAGGUGAGGAUCCAUUGGCCAAUGAUACAUUUGAGGGCAGAUUCGAGAAUUGAGAUAGGAUUCCUCUUCCUUGGCCAACACAUGCCACUAGAAGGCAUCGUAAUCAAUUUGUUCCUCCUAUGCUGUCUUAUACAACGAAGAAACAGACCUAUUGGCAACCUGAUAUUUGGAGAGCCCUUGCUGCUACUGCUCCUGUCUCCUUGUACCGCCCAGAUAGCAAUUCUACUUAUUCUGUUUUAGCUUGUCUACCCUCCCCUUAUGUUUUUCUUUUUACUAAUGACUCCAAGAAGCUUAAUGUACGCAUGAAUUAUUCAGGUGGACCUAAUAUAGUAACUUGUGAACAAUGUAUGCUUUCAUCUUGUUUGACCCCUCAAUAUAAUGUUUGCUCUUUUGUGGUGUUACAACGCCCACCCUAUCUCAUGAUACCUGUGACAGUGACUAGCCACUGGUAUGACAAUUACGGCCUUGCCGUGUUACAACAACUACGAGAUUUAAUGCGACAACGGCGAUUUGUGGGCUUACUUAUUUUAGGAAUAUCGGCUUUGAUAGCAGCAAUUACUUCUGUUACUGCGGCAGCAAUAUCAUUGAGUCAACAAGUGCAUACUGCCCAAUAUGUUGAUACCAUGUCUAAAAAUGUCUCUUUAACUCUAGCAACACAGGAAGUUAUAGAUAGAAAAUUGGAGAUGAGAGUAGAUGCCUUAGAAGAGGCAAUAAUGCAUAUUGGGACUGAGUUACAGGCGUUAAAAGUGAAAAUGGCUCUGUCUUGCCACGCUGAUUACCGGUGGAUAUGCGUGACAUCUUUAAAGGUAAAUGAGACAGAUUAUGAAUGGGAAAAAAUCAAAAAUCAUAUCUCAGGUGUUUGGAACAGCUCUGAUAUUGGCCUGGACUUAGAAAAACUUCAUAAUCAAAUACAGACCCUGGAACACUCUCGACUGGAUUUUACUGCCGCUGGGGCAGCUAAUGACUUUUUUCACACUUUCUCUAACUUCAUUUCAGGAAAAAACAUUCUGUCUAAUAUCCUUGGAUACAUCGCUGCUGGUGCUUUAGUUUUGCUUCUCAUAUUCAUUCUUCCUUGUAUUGUCAGGAUUCUUCGGCAGAACAUUCAGAAGCUCGCGACUGAGCUGCAUCUGGCUGUUUUAAGAAAUAAAAAAGGGGGAGAUGCUGGG